AUGGAUAGAUGGAAUUCCACAUAUCUUAUGUUAGAGGCAGCCGAAAAGUUUGAAACAACCUUUGAUAGGAUGCAUGAAGAGGAUGUGCAAUUUAGUUCUUACUUUAUGGAGGUAGAUGGAAAUGGGAAACAGAAGCACAUAGGUCCUCCCAAGGGUGAGGAUUGGGUGAAUGUCAUAAUGUUUUAUAAUUUUCUCUGGCUUUUUUAUGAGGUAACUCUACGUUUUUCUGGUUCUUUAUUUGUUAUUUCAAAUACUUAUUUUUGUGAGCUAGUGGGUAUUCAAAAUGAAUUUCAUAGAUUGUGUGGCAUUGAUGGUGAUCCUCUCUUAAAAAAAAUGGCACAAUCUAUGAAGGAAAAAUAUGAGAAGUAUUGGGGAGACAUUGAAAAUAUGAAUUUGAUGAUGUUUAUUGCCGUGGUUCUUGACCCAAGAUAUAAGAUGAAAUAUUUGAAAUAUUGGUUUAAUAAGUGGUAUUCAAAAGAGAAGGCAGAGUGUGCUUUAAAAUUGGUAAGGGAUGCUUUAGAUGAGUUGUAUGCCCACUAUGCAAAGAGUACUAAAUUAUCAAGUGCUAGUGGUAAUGGGCAGGCCACUAAUGUUGGUUCUUCAAUAGAAUCAAGUGCUAGUUUUCCAUAUGAUCCAUGGAAGAUUGCUUCACAUGAGUUCGAUGAACACAUAGCUACAGAAGAUGAUAAUGAAUGCACUACUGAUGUGGACAAAUAUCUUAAUGAAGCUAGUGAAAAAAAUAGGGAGGGUUUUGAUAUUUUGGCUUGGUGGAAGGUGAAUUCUACUAGAUAUGUAAUCCUUUCCGAGGUAGCAUGA